UGCUGUUCUCAUUUCUUCUGCACAGAGCCAGAGGGACAGCCCCCACCUCCUCCCCCUUCCUCCUCCCACUCCUCCCUCUCCUCCUCCUCCGCCUCCUUUAAUCUCAGGCUUCCACCCCACGCAGAAAAACCCAGCAAGCUGGACUACUGGCCUUGUAAGACUCCCCACGGCAACUUCUGCGAAAGGCCAGAGAGAAACAGAAGGACCCUUCAUCCAAGACACAGCUUGGCCCAGAGCCGGGGGGGCUGGGGGACAGGUGGGAAGCUGCGGGUCAGAGCGAGGCACAGCACCUCUGCGCCCAAGACCGAGAAGAACACAAGGUUCCUUGGGAGGCUUCAUCUACCAAAGCAGCAGAGCCACAGACCUUGACGUGCCAUCCUAACUAAGGUCUCUCACUCCCACCUUGGAAAUGAUGGAAGCCCAGGAGAGCAGCGUCCAGUAUAACAGAUGGAGCAACAACCAGGACGAGGUCAGCAUGAAUAUGUCGACCUCGGGAGGCGUGGACUGUGAGCGGAUCUGCACCAAACUAUGCACUGGGAAGCUGGGCAUCGCCAUGAAGGUGGCAGGUGGAAUCGUUCUGUUCUGGGUCAUCUUCAUCAUUGGCUACGUCACCGGCUACUACAUCCACAAGUGCAAAUAGCACUUGUCUGAGCUUGCUGGAUACAUUUUUGAGGAGCCCUCCAACUACCCAGAGACCUCUUACUUCCUGGCUCAGACCACCAUGUCAGGCUGGCCCCUGGGGGCACAUGCACCUAUAGAUAUAGACACACAUACACAUAGGGACAGAUACGGACACAUACUGAAUCUCUUUUCAGAGAAAGAGAGAGACACAUACCUAGAGUGACAGACACACACAGGCACAUGCUGAAACAGACACUGGAUAGAAGGCAGCCAUACAUGAGACAGAUAGACACAGAACAUAAACACAAAUCUCUCUUCUCCCCUGUCCCAGGAUAGAACUCCAGAACACGCCAUCUACAUCCUAUCCUUCCCCUGCCACAUUCCAACAUCAGGGAGAGGUACCACACAGUUACUGAAGCCCAGGACUGCAUCUCCCACUCAUCUCCUCGUUUGUCACCCCUGUGUUCUUCCUCACUGACCAGAUGACCUUUUCUUUGGACCUGUGGCUGCCCUUGACAGCUAGAGGUCCAAGAAAGAUGAGGGAGACCAGGGCACAGUUUUACCUCUCAGAAACCUUUCUGCAGUGCUGGUUUAUGUUCAGAACUACAGUCAGAUCUAGUGUUCCUAUGCAGUAUCUACCCACCCUGCCCCAUCCUUCGUAAGAGCAAAACUUAGACAGGAGGGAAACCACACAGUCAGGGAAUGCUAUACAGGGAACUCAUCACCAAAGUGAGACUCAGAAUGAGAAUCAAGGCCACUUCUAGGGUUCAGUUUCUGCCCAUCCCUGUUCUAACCACAGGUGGUGGGGGUAAAAUCUACUUCGCAUUUGCUGUGACCUUUUCCCCCAUCCCUGCCCUGCCCCUAACCCCCAACUCCACUGCUUGAGAAACUAGACAUAGUGUGAACCUGGUUUCAACAUAAAUUUGUUGAAGAAGAGAAAGGCAGUGGCUGACUUAUCUCCAGCAAAAAAAAAAAAAAUUAAAGGGAGGCAGCAUCAUGUAUGAGAAAGAGGUACUUGGUUCAAAUCCUGACUCUCCUAUUUAUGUGUGAGCAUGGGAAUGUCGAGAAAGUCACUUAUCUCUGGGCCUCAGUUUCCUCAACUGUAAGAUGAGACUAUAUGGCUUUGAAGGUCCCUUCCAUCUCUAAAUACAUGCUUCUAUGGCAAUGAUUCAACAUGGAAUCCCAGCAAAGCCAAAAAUUUCCCAUGUCUCUGGGGGUCAGCAGGGAAAUUCAUAGCCUUACCUCCUAACCCCUGUUGUUGAAGAUCCUAGGUUCAUAGACCCCCAGCUGUGUCACUGGUCCCCUUAAGUGUGUAUAUGUGUGUUGAGGGGUAGGUCUCAGUCUUUCCGCUCUGGAGCCUUGUAAGAGGUAUCCCCUAUAAAGAUUCCUUUGCCCCCUCUCCUGGAUUUGCCCUCAAUUGCUGCAGUAAGUACCAGGGAAUUCUGUCCCCUGGCCUUCCCUGAAGGAAGAAAACCCCAGUGAAUCUGAAUUGGGGGCCUGCUAUUUCUGAUGGCCCCUAGUCACAGGUGCCAGCUACAAAGACUCUGGGAGCCCAAGAGAAAGCCCCCAUCCUGAUCCAUGAUCUUACCCAAGAGGCAGAGGCUGAGCCAUGGAGGACUGGGGUGUUCUGGGGGUUGAGUCCCAGCCUCCAUACCCCACGCCCUUCUUGUGCCUUUCCAGAGAGGCAGAAUAAUGGAAAAGAAGAAAAAAAAACGCCCUAGACUAGAAAGAUUCAAAUAAACAGCCACUUGUGUGACCUCAA